CUUUAAUCUGCCCGUGAUCGUGUCUCGAAACUAUGCCCUGGGGUGCCAUAUAGAAUGAACUCGAAAUGCUACCACAGUGCACUGACAUCUUACUAUAUUUUUAGGUACUUUAAAGGUUAAAACCGACGCAUAUAUACAGAAUGUCCCAAUUCCGGAUUAUAGUCUCUCCUACAAAAUCUACCCACCGAGGAGAUGGAAGCGGGGGACUCUCAGUAACCAAACGAAUGCGCGAGAUCCUGGACCAGCCUGGCUACUUAUCCUGCGAAAUGGGCGGCCAAACUCUACGAGAACUUUACAACGGCAGAUCUUCAUCCUUCGACCCCCGUGAGCUCACUUAUUUCGGACUAUGCUGCUACUUGGGAGAUUACGACAAAGUCGUCAAGGAAGUCGAAUCUGGAGACGCACCCGACCUUGAAGGCACCGAGACGCCAUACAAGUUCGGUUAUCUUACCAUCGUCGUAUCCGGUGCCCAACGCCUAGAAACAUCUGAUCCUCAACAUAUCAAAGUCCUCAAAUAUCUCAUAUCUCGCGGCGCGCCUGUAGACCUCCCAGAUAUCACCGGAUACACCGCCCUGUCCCACGGAACCAUGAACCACUUAGCUAAACUCGAUCUGUGUCGCGUCCUCCUCGAAUCCGGGUCAGAUCCCAAUCAGCGUAACCGCUACGGUGAAGUCCCCUUGCUCGGAUGCUUCCAGACCAAUGGAAUCGGCGCAAUCGACCUCCUCAUGGAAUUCGGCGCUGACAUAGACAUUGCAGAUGCAGAUAGAGUCAGACCUCGGGAGUUUCAGCUCAAGUCUGGCCCCGAGGUGACAGCUGCCGUACAGCGAUGGGUGAGGAAACGUUCAGGGGAUGAAAAACCGAUGGAUGCCAAGGCAUGCGAAUUCUGCAAGAAACCAGGAGGAAACGGUGUCCAACUUCGGCUGUGCUCAAAGUGUCAGACUGCGAGAUAUUGUUCGACAGCAUGUCAGCGCUCGCACUGGCCUACCCACAAGCCCCUUUGUCAGCCAUUCUCUGUGCGAAACACUGUUACCCUCAUCCCCUACUACUCCGACACUCGAAACGGGUUUGUCCAGCCACUGGCCAAGUUUUCCCGGGACCUUUUAUCUAUCCCUACGCCCGAUACACCUCAGUCUCAUCACCGCUUCGCACACACGCCUAAGAACCUCUCUGCCGAUUCACCAAAAAGCAUCGUUAUCAAAGUCCAAGUACCGUUUGACGCAUUUUCGAGCAGGCCAAGCGCAAGGUCCAAAGGGGAUCUCCUGGUAUACACGAAGAAGAGAGAUUUUGUGUGCACGAUAAGACGAAAUGAUGCGCCAGAGGAAUACGACCGUGUAUCCCAAGUGGUCAGGACCAAAGGUGUUGGAGGGGCGAAAGCGUAUUUUGCUGCGGAGCUUAGGGGCAAGACCGCCUUGAUUGUGAAAGUAUCCGAGGUUCUUGCAGAACAACCCUUUUGAUUUUUCUCGUCGUCGUAUGUUCAUAAUUAUUACUCGUCUGGGCACA